CCCGAACGUAGAAUCCCAAACUUGCCUCUCCGCUCUUCAGAUUUUACUUUCCCAAUUCCCAGCAAUGUCAUCUCUCACAGGCCAGCUUAUCGCCAUCACAGGCGCAGCAUCCGGCAUCGGACGCGCCACUGCUUCGCAUCUUUCUAAAAAAGGGGCUCUCCUUUCCCUGGCUGACAUUAAUGGAGAAGCUGUGCAACAUUUCGCAAAAGAGUUGACGGAUAACGGCACGUUGGUGUUCUGGAAGCGGGUCGACUUGCGGGAGAGAGAUGAGGCGGAAGCCUGGGUUAGUGAUACCGUGAAGCACUUCAAUCGGCCCUUGGACGGCGCCGCCAAUCUCGCGGGCAUUUCUGGUCACCUGGGCACAGUGCGCGACCACGACUCCGCAGAUUACGAUGCAGUCUUUGCCAUCAAUGUUAAGGGAGUCUUCAAUUGCAUGUCAGCAGAGCUCCGAAACAUGAGGGAAGCGGGCUCCAUUGUAAACGCAGCUAGUAUUACCGGCCUUGUUGGGAAACCCUCUUGCUCCGUCUACUGCGCGAGUAAGUUUGCCGUGAUAGGAAUCACAAAAGCUGCAGCUCGCGAGGAGUCGAAGUUUGGGAUAAGGAUAAAUGCAAUUGCGCCUGGAUUUGUGCAGACUCCUAUGAUGGAGAAACUUGAUGCCGAACUUGGCUUCCAACUCCCAAACGAUAAUGUUCUAGGUCGAAGGGCGAGGCCUGAUGAGAUUGCUAAGCUAGUUCUGUUCCUGCUUUCCGAGGACAGUAGCUUCACCACUGGGUCGGUGUAUCUAAUUGACGGGGGCAUGCUCUGUUAG